AUGUUUGGCUUUGGUUGUUUGCUACAUGUGCUGCUGAUUCACUCUUCUCUCGGCGUAUUCCAUGCUUCUAAGCUAGACUUUGCGUCAGCCACAGGACUACCGUUCUUCAAUAGCAAAACAUUAGAAGUUCUCCAUGCAAACGGAUUGCAUGGAGAAGUGGUCCGACGAGCAGCAGAACAUAGUCGGGAAUGUGGAACUGCCUUGCUAGAUUAUUCAAGCUACACAAAUGGCUUGAUGUUUGACGGGGUGCUUAAGUCGUUUGAAGAAACGUUAAUGAACAAUUACACGCUAGAUGAGACGCUGCGCGAGUUCUAUAUAACAGUGAAAGGAGAGGCAGUAAAGUUGCAUACGAAAGAGGUGCGAAAAGCGUUUGAGAGAUAUGCGAGCAUCAUGCCGCAUUUUAAGAUCCUCUAUAACUUCGUUUUCUCACAAGUGAGAACGCAGCUACUUAUGGGCGUAGAAGCUGCUCUGACUGAGCUGUCAACCGCGGUCGAGUUAGUGAUCGUCUGA